GCACUUUCUGCGGGUGGGAGGAGAACUAGGGACCCGAGCCCACUGGUGACGUUUUUCUCACGUGGUCAGAAGCCGACGUGUGCAGAAGUCCCUCUCCUCCAGGUACCAGAUCCCUGUUUCCGUGGAGGAAGGCAGACAGACUUCAGACUCAGAGACAGAGAAGGCAACUGCCCUACAGCCCUGCAGGUCUUCAGGUCUGUGGCUGUGGACGCUAACCCAGAUAAGAAAAGGAAAGACGUGCAGUAUCAGUGCAGGAAAGGCGAAGAAGGGAACAUCUCAACAUGGAAAAGCUCUGCAAAGAACAUGAAGGAAAGCCAGAAAAUGAAAGAAACCUAGAAAGUGAGGGAAAACCUGAAGAUGAGGAGAGUACAGAAGAGGAAGGCAAGUCAGACGAGGAAGAAAAGCCGGACGUGGAGGGGAAGACAGAAUGCGAGGGAAAGCGAGAGGAUGAGGGACAGCCAGGUGCUGAGGGACAACUGGAAGAUGAGGGAAGCCAGGAAAAGCAGGGCAAGUCCGAAGGUGAGGGCAAGCCACAAGGCGAGGGCAAGCCAGCCUCCCAGGCAAAGCCAGAGAGCCAGCCGCGGGCCGCCGAAAAGCGCCCGGCUGAAGAUUAUGUGCCCCGGAAAGCAAAAAGAAAAACGGACAGGGGGACGGACGAUUCUCCCAAGGACUCUCAGGAGGACUUACAGGGAAGGCAUCUGAGCAGUGAGGAGAUGAUGAGAGAAUGUGGAGAUGUGUCAAGGGCUCAGGAGGAGCUAAGGAAGAAACAGAAAAUGGGUGGUUUUCAUUGGAUGCAAAGAGAUGUACAGGAUCCGUUCGCCCAAGGGGCCAACGGGGUGUCAGGGGAAUGAGGGGUGGAGGUAGGGGCCAGAAAGACUUUGAAGAUAUCCCAUAUGUUUAAUGUCCUUGGCC